GGUACAUGUUUCAAAUAUCUUAAGAGGGAAACGCUUUGUAAAACACUACAAAUUGUUGUCAACUAUAAGUUGUCAACUACACGUUAUUAAAUAGAUCAUUUUGUAAACACACGAGACACGUGGGGGAUAAAUGCUUAGUGUAAGACUGUAAAUGUGUAAAGAGGGAAUGUAUUGCUUCAAACGGUUCUCAAUCAUGUUGGUAAUGUCAGGGAACUUUACAAGAUUGAUUUCAAGAUCGCUGUGUUCUAGAACCCAGUCGGCACUUUGGUUUAAGGAGGGAGAAUCGGCUUCGUUAACACAGAUAUUUUCAUCGUCGGACGUCAGGAAGUUCGCCGAUCUGACUGGCGACACGAACCCCAUCCACAUCAGCCCAGAAUUUGCUAAAAACACUCGAUUUGGACGGUGCAUUGUGCAUGGAAUUCUUGUAAACGGCUUGAUCUCUGCACUGUUGGGUACAAAGCUGCCUGGUCCUGGAUCCAUAGUGUUGUCGCAGAUGUGUGAAUUUCCAGCACCUUUGUUCAUAGAUGAGGCAGUCACAGCCAAGAUAACUGUUCUCAAUAUUGAUCGUCGUCUGGUAACCUGCUCGGCUUCAUGCAUGGCCAGUGAGAGGAAAGAGGUGGUGUUGACAGGAUCAGUUAAACUCCUUGUGCCUCGACGAAGACCUACAUUAUCGCCAGAGCAAAGAUGACAUCAGCUACAGACUAAUUGGCUCUUUGUAUUUUAAACAAAAAAGGAGUUUAUUCUUGCAGUUGUUUUGAAAAGAACUUGGUGACACUAUCUGUGUUGUCCAAUAUUGUUCUAACUCCCUCAUCAUUUAAGACUGUUUCCUGAAUCAUCACCCUAAAUUGUAACUGGAAAUCAAGGGCUUGAAGACAACUAAAAAAAGUAACAGUGACUAGGUUAAGUCUCUAUUCAACAAUAAUGCAAUAUCACCCAAAACGUCUCGGUGGAUGUUAAAAACUAAGAUGUUUAGAGUUCCUGGGGAAAAUCAACUGCUAAAACUUUGUAACACUUUUUGAGGACACUGACAUUCUAAAGAAGUUAGUUUUCAGAGCAUGGAUGUUAACAUCAACUGUCUGAAGUAAGGUCUUAUACCUGUAGUGUAAUACAACCUCAGGGUCUAGUACAACCCCCAUUUGUACAUCUUGCAAUGUUCAGCGUCAUAACUUAUGCAGAAGCCAACAGAUUCGACAGCAAGACUUAAAACGAAUACCAUGUUGGCUAAGCUGAACAGAUGGUAGCGAUGUGUUGGACCCUGUAGUUGGUUCUGGAUCAGAGAGGGCGUUUAACCUCUAAGGUGUGAGCAGACAGUAAAACAGUACCGUCUGUUAUCAUAGCCGGUGAAGCAAUGUAGUCAAUUUUCAAUAACUUGCCAACUUUCCGGAGUUAUCUUUCCAUAUAACGAGGAAAAUGAUGUCAAAAAUAAUGUCCUUUGCAGAUGACUGGUGUCUAACUGAUAAAUGGUUUAAUCAAAUAAAGAAGGCUACAAUUCAAACGGAUACAAGUUA